AUGUUUAUAAUGUUCACACGUUGCGUUAUAGCUCAUAAAUUCGAAUUUAUCAGACCUCUGUGUACUCAAGUUAGAUCAAGACCUACAUCUAAUAAAUUAAUUGGAAAAGUAUUAGGACAACCCACUAAUGAUACUCAUCCUCAUAUUCUGAAUGAAGGAGAAGUAACACCCAUGACAACAAAAUAUGAAUAUGAAACUAGGAGAACCAGACUUGUAGAGGCUAUAACAAAAUAUUCAUUUAAAAAUACAUUAAGGUCUAAGAAUCAUUUGAUAGUGAUACCAGCUGCUUCGAAACAGUAUAUGUCUGACAAAAUCCCAUAUGUCUUCCGUCAAAACACAGAAUUUCUUUAUUUAACUGGUUGUUUAGAACCUGAUUGCUGUGUUGUCCUAACGAUAAAUGAUAAUAAACAUUGUUCAAGUAUUUUAUUCACUAGAGAUAAAGAUGACCAUGCAGAAUUAUGGGACGGACCUAGAACUCAUCCUGAGGAUGCUCCUGGUUUCUUUGGUGUUAAUCAGAGUUUACCAAUUAGUGAAUUGGAGAAUUUUAUGGGAUCAUUUAAGAAAUCACAAAGUAAUAUGAAUCUUUGGUACGAUUAUCUGAUGCCAGUUCAGCAUAAUGUGCAUUCCAUAGUAAAAAAGUUCAUGUCUGAUGGUGGAAAUAAAAGUUGGGAAAAUCCUAAGAACAUAAUACAGCAAUUAAGACUGUUCAAGAGUCCAACAGAGAUUUCUUUAAUGCAAAAAACAUGUGAUAUUGCUAGUGAAGCUUUCGUUGAUACAAUAAAGUGUUCCAAACCAGGUAUUAGUGAAAGCCACUUAUAUGCCAAAUUUGAUUAUGAGUGUAGAAUAAGGGGUGCUGAAUACUUGGCUUAUCCGCCUGUUAUAGCAGGCGGUAAUAGAGCAACUGUUAUCCAUUAUAUUAAUAAUAAUCAGAUAGUCAAUAAUGGAGAUAUGGUGUUAAUGGAUGGUGGUUGUGAAUAUCAUGGAUACGCUAGUGACAUAACAAGAACAUGGCCAAUAAAUGGAAAGUUUACACCCGAGCAAAGAGAUAUCUAUGAAAUAGUUUAUGAUGUUAAUCAAGAACUAAUAGAAAUGUGCAAGACAUUUCCAUCCUUAGACACUUUAUUUGAAACUAUGUGUUUAUUAUUAGGCAAAAGGCUUCAAAAUAUGGGAUUAAUACCUCCACAACAAUCUAGUUCUCAUUUAAUGAAGGCGGCAUACCAAUUAUGUCCCCAUCAUGUAUCACAUUAUUUAGGAAUGGAUGUUCAUGAUACUCCAACAGUAAAUAGAAAUACUGUAAUAAAACCGGGAAUGAUAAUCACGAUAGAACCAGGAAUUUAUAUAAAUGAAAAUAACAAGUUGCUGCCCGAAAAAUACCAUAAUAUCGGUAUAAGAAUAGAGGACGACAUUUUGAUAACCGAACAUGGUCCGGUGGUUCUUAGUGCUAAGUGUCCCAAACAUAUAGAUGAAAUUGAAAGAAUAUCUAGUGAACAUCAGCAAAAAUUAUAG